AUAUUGAAAGAAAAUCUUAAAACUCUUCGAAUUUCACCAAGAAAAUAUUUACUUUUUUGGGGAAAUGUUCAAUAAAUUGUUGCAAAAGUGGCGUUUGUAAGCGAUAAUUUAAGUUUUGAACGUUAUUUUCUUCAGAAAAUGCAGCAAGUGGACGAUCCUCCCUAUUUACAAGUGGGCACGGAAGUCAGUGCCAAAUACAAGGGCGCCUUUUGUGAAGCCAAAGUCAGUGAAGUUGUUCGCAAUAUCAAAGUCAAGGUUGCCUACAAACAAGGCCUUGGCUCCGGGGUCGUAUCCGAUGAUGAUAUUAAAGCAACACCUGGACAGCUUAGGGUGGGAGCUGUUGUUGAGGUUCGCCACCCGGAUCGCAAAGAUUAUGUUGAGGCAACCGUCACUAAAAUCCAAGAUUGUUCCCAGUAUACGGUAGUCUUUGACGAUGGCGACAUAACGACACUGCGACGUACGGCCCUGUGUUUAAAAAGUGGACGCCAUUUCAAUGAAAGUGAAACCCUUGAUCAAUUACCUCUGACACAUCCAGAACAUUUUGGAAAUCCAGUGGUAGGUGGUAGACGUGGACGCAGACGUGGUCACAUGAAUGAUGGCAGUUCCGAUGAAGACGAUGAAAGUGACGCUAAAGAGGUUGUCAACGAGAAGGAAGAACAUAUUGGCAAAGUGGUAUGUGUCGAAACGGAAUCGAAGAAAAAAGACAAAGAGAAAUGGUUUCCCGGAUUGGUGGUUGCCCCAACAGCACAAGCCACAGUACGGAUUCGUGUUAAAGAUGAAUAUUUGGUACGUUCGUUUAAAGAUGGUCGUUAUUAUACGGUGCCGAAGAAGGAAGCAACGGGUUUCACACGCGAAGCUGCUGCUAAACAAGAUGGUCCAGCCAUACAGGCUGCUUUGGAAUAUCUUGAUAGUGAUGUACUGCCGCCUCACUGGGAAAGAGAUGCAUUGUUUGCCCUCAGCAACACAUCAAGUGAAAAUGAGGAUGAAAUCGAUUCCGAUUCUUCAGAUGAUGAACCGCGUGAAGAGAAAGAUCGGUUUGUCGCCCAGCUAUAUAAAUAUAUGGAUGAUCGUGGUACCCCACUAAAUAAGGUACCCUCUAUUCAAAACAAAGAUGUCGAUCUAUAUCGCCUGUUCCGUGCUGUCCAAAAGAGAGGAGGUUAUAAUCGUGUCACAGCUCAAAAUCAGUGGAAAUCAAUUGCGGUGCGUCUGGGCUUUGCCCCCGUCACCGUGAGCAUUACCAAUUUGGUUAAGCAGGCAUAUAAGAAAUUCUUGCAACCUUAUGGUGAAUUUCACCGUAAAUUGGGUUGUUCAAUGUUGAUGUCACCACGUAACUCAAAUCGCAGUAAGGGUCGCAGUUUGGUUCGAGCCAAUUCGGUAGCAUCACCAAAGCCGCAAGAUACCAAUCGAGAAUCAUCAAUGCCAAUUAGUAAAUUGGCAACAAAUUCAACAUCAAGUUCGGCUUCAACAUCAGCUGCAGCAGCUGCUGCCAACACAUCUGCUUCGCUAUCAACAUCCAAUACGAAUGUUUCCAUAACUGAGGAAUCGGAAAAUACCAGCGAAUCCAGUAGCCAAGAUAAUACAAAUAAAACUAAACGUAAAUCAUCGUUGGGUGGUUCCUCAACAGCUGGGUCGAGUAGUGGUGUUGCUACCACCACCACAGGUGGUAGCGGUAGUAAUAAAGUUAAGGGUAUGGUGGAAAAAUAUGAGGAGAAAAAUGUGAAAGAUGACGGUGAUGUACCAUUAUCGAAAAUUAAAGCUGCUGCUGCUGCCAGUUCAAACAAAGAGAAAUCCGAUGAGGGCCACAAAGAAAAGGAAAAAGAACGAGAAAAGGAACGUGAGGCGAAAGCUGAAAAGGAGAAAGAAAAGGAAAAAGACAAAGAUAGUGGCAGUUCAAAAGAUUCAUCGGGUCAUGCAACAAGAGAUUCAUCGCCAUCUGGUUCGAAUGUCUCCAGUAAAAAAGAUAAAACACAACGUAAACAAUCAUCACAAAGUGACGAUAAACGCAACAAGCGACGUAAAGAUGAAAUUGUUGUGGAGAAAAUCGAUACAGGUGACUUCGUAGUGGAGACGGGUGACAAACUCAAAGUCUAUUAUCACGAAAAGAAAGUCACGUACGAAGCGAAAGUUCUUGAAAUAACACUACAACGUAAUACACCAAUGUAUUUGGUUCAUUAUACGGGAUGGAAUAAUCGUUAUGAUGAAUGGGUACCAAGAGAACGUAUCGCUGAAAAUCUAACUAAAGGUUCGAAAUUUAAGAGUGGUCGUUCAUCGAAUAGUAAUGAAAAGGCCAAAGAGAAUCCGCCAAAACCACCAACUGCAUCAUCAUUUGCAACAUCCAAUUCUAGUGGAGGAGCUUCCAGUAGCAAUCAACAGAAUGUUUCAUCGUCGACGGCCGCUAAAACUCCAACAGCUGCUGCCAAACGUGGUAGAGGACGUAGUGAUUCUAUGCCACCACGUUCAACGACACCCUCAUCGGUUGCCUCAAAUUCAAGCCGUACCAAAUCUCCGGCAACAUCUUCGGCUUUGAAAAAACGUCCUCAGCGUCAAAUGCAAGGUAAUAUGCGCAGAACAUCGGCAAAUGUCUCCGAUGUAUCUAUGGCAACCGAAGAAGAUUCGGAUACUGAUUCUGAUGAACCCGUCAAACGUCCAAAUCGUCCAAAUAUAAAAGACGCCCACAAAAACCGAAAAUCACCCGGUAAAUCCAAAAUGUCUAUUUCAGCACCAAACAGUCAAUCGGAAAGUGAUGAAAACGAUGAAGAUGACGACGAUGAAGAAGAAGAGGAAGAUAUGCCAACAACAAGUAAAACAGCUACGCCACGCAAAGGCAGAGAUUAUGAUUUAUCACAAAUUCGUUCCGAACUAAAGGGAUUUGAAACAAUUAAAGCCACCAAUGAAAUGGACGAUUCUAUGGAAACUAAAAACGAGACGAAAGACUCGCUGCUAAGUAAGAUUAAAACCGAAAAGCCAGAAUUUGAUUCAAAAUCAUCCACAAAUUCUGCCACAUCCUCUCUAAUAAUAAAAGAGGAAUUAAAAUCUGAAUCAAAGGAGGAGCCAAAUAAAAGAUCGUCCACCGAAAUGUCAUCGGAAACAGAUUCCUUUGGUGAUGACGAAUCACAAUCCUCGGAUAAAACUACAAAACUUGAAAAUAUGCGUAAGAAAUUCCAACAACUAAUCAAUGCGGAUAAAUCCAGCGAAAAAUCAACAUCUAAAACUUCAACAUUUUCCACGGGUGGCGGUAGCAGUAGCGGUAAUCGUGUGGUGGAAAAAAUCAUCAAAGAGCGUGAUUCUGACAAACGCAAUGAACAGUCCAAGGCCAAAAUCACAAUUAAGGAAGAAAUAAAGCCCACAUUGGCAUCGCUUAAAAUGGAAAUGGACAUGAAGAAGGACACCACCCCCAUGAAGGAUGAAGAAAAGAAAUCGUUGAUUAGCACAAUUGUUGGUUCGUCGGAAACCAAAUGUACCUUGAUACAACCAACACGAUUUCCCUCCACGGCAACGUCAUCGAUAACACCCUCAUCGACACCCAAUAAAUAUGCUUCAGUAAUUGUUGAGAAACCAUUAUCGGCUGUCAAGAAAUUGGAAACAUCAUUCAACACAAAGAAAUUGGUGGAGACACCAAAGAAAUCCUCAUCUCUGACGGAAAGCCAAAUGAGUGUCCACACCAUUAAGAAAUUCAUUGAACCAAAUGUCCAUAAAGAAAUUUUAAAAGUGGAACCGCCAGCAGCAUGUUCGCCCUCAUCAACAUCAUCUACAUCUUCUUCAACAUCGUCCUCAUCAUCCUCGGCCACAUCAACGGGUUCUUCGGGCUCAAGAUUCUUGCCCGAUAUGAGUAAAUUGGACAUUAGCGGAACAUCGUCUUCGUCAAAUUCAACGUCGUCACCCUCAAAUUCAACCUCAUCGUCGUCCACCACUUCAUAUGCCAGUGCCAUUGCCAAGGAGCAGAAGGCCAGUAAUAUUAUGGCUGUCAACAAGCCACCCUCACCUGAUAUUUAUGAAUUCAAGGACACCGAGCCAUUUGAAUUUGAAAUACGUAAAUCACCAAUGGUUGCUGCUGCUAGCAGCAGUGGUUCAUCAGUUAUUACGGCUAAUUUGGGUAGCUCUUUGGCGGCCUCUUUGGCUGCGGCUUCCUCUUCUUCUGCCACAACUUCCAGUGGUUUUACGGCAGUAACUGGCCCACCUACGCCUAGUACGACCCAACGCCUCAAGGCUAACGUAAAAACCGAACACCAUAUUCCCAUGGCACAAAAUCCCAUGUCCACCAUUGUUAAAAGUAAAAAACGUGGCUCGCCUAUGAAGGAGUCCGUUAUUGAGAAAUCAAAGCUUUUGAAAUUGGAAGAGAAACCCACCACCACUCCCAGUCCACUGGUACAAGAUGCUAAACUAGUACAUCAUUCAACAAUGGCGUCGUCAGCUCCUUCAACGGCAAUUGUUAAGAAUCCAACAACAAGUGGAAUGGCUAAAACCGCAACAACAAUAAUGCAUGCUCCAGCAUUGCCAAAAACCACGGCACCGCUCAACACUCCAGCGUCAAGUGCUUCAUCAUUGUUGGCUCCUGUGAUAACAGUGCCACAGAAACUUCCCGCCGCCGCCUCAUCGUCCUCUACAGAAACGCCAUCUGUCUUUGAUGCCCUGCGCAAAUCGCCUAGUUUUAAUCUGAAUAUCAAUGCCUUAAACGAAGAACUGGCACAAACUGUACAAGAAACGACACGAGCCCUAACCGAUGCCCUGCAAACACCUCAAUCACAGGUGAUUGUACCGAACAAUCCGAAUGAAAGUACGCCCACAAAAACAAUAAUACCAGCCAUGGGAACAAAUUUGAAACCUACACCACCUUUACUACAAACACCACCGCCGCCGUCAACAGUACCGCAGACGGCAACAACAACAACAGCACUUAGUAGUACUACAACAGCAACAACUAUACAAUCACCUAAACUUACCACACCACCCAGCAACAGUAGUAACAGUACCACAGCUAAACCUCAAGUGGGCAGUCCCUUCAUUGAAACGCGUAGUGUCUUUGAGUUAUCCUUUGGGGCUGGUACCAGCGGUCGAGAAAAUAAAUUUGAACUUGAAAAUGCCAAGGUAUUACUCUCGGCCACCGGUGGAGUAUUUGAUUUGGAUGUUUCCAAAUUGGAAACCAAGCCAUCAACCUCAUCCAUUGCUGAUAAAGUCCUCAAAGCCAUUUCACAAAAGAAAGAGGAAGAAGAGAACAAAAAACAAGAGGAAUCCAGGAAAGAAAAAGAAGGAACCCCCUUAGAAACGAAGGAGCCAGGCGGGACAAGUAUUUCGGGACUUCCAGCACUUCCCAUUAAAAGUAGUUUAGAUGCCUUAACACCAUCUCCAAGUAAUUUCCCAACCACGUCUUCGGUGUUGCUAAGUGAGCCAUUGAAAAUCAAUACAGAUCUCUCUUCGACCGGUGCAGUUUGCACGACAUUGUUGAGUGGUCCACUCAACAGUUUCUUGGCCAACAAACGCACCCCACUAACAUCGCCAGAACCAAAAAUGGGAAUACUAGAAUCAAUGGGUGGAACCAAAAAUCAAUUAUCCGAAACCAUACAAAAAUUGGAAUGUGCCAUACAGAGACGUACCCCGGUUACCAGUCAUCCGGUAACACCAACCACACCUCUGUCCACCACCAAUCCCGAAACAUUUUCCGAGGAUAGUAACGAUAGUACAGAUUCGGAACGACGUUUGGUCAUCGAAGAUGUUGUUGAGGAACCAACUGCACCGCCGGUAUCAACAUCGCAGUCCACAACUACAACACUGGUUGAACACAAACCCAGUCCUGUGACAUUGACUAGGACAGAAUCACCGAAAACCACAACAAUAACCCCACCCGUUGGUAGCAGCAGUAGUUUACCCAUCAAACUGGAAUCUACCACAAUGGUACCCACGAAAAUUGCUUAUGCCGCCCAACAUGACAUUCCUGCUCCAAUACCGAUUAAAGCCGUCACAGCCAUUACAGCAACAAGGGCUACCAUUACUCCCACCGUUGCCUCAAAUCCCACAAAUAUUGUUAAUAUUGUGGCUUCACCCAGCUUGGUGGUGAAUAAACCUGGUACCGGAGGGACAGUGGCAUAUCCCAGUAGCCUUAAACCGGUUAUACAAACAAAUCCACAAUCAAGUGCAAGCGGUAGUGUCUCGGCAACCUCCUCACCACAAUCCAUACAAAAAAGUGUGGUGGUUAUGUCCAGCACAAUAAAUUUGCAAACUACUACUACUCUCCCGAGUGCAAGCAACGAACCCCCAUCUAUCAGCAGUAACAGUGCUCCAACAAAUGUCAUAUCAACUCCACAGAAAACAAAUCAAGCUGCAAGAGCACCAGCUACUCAGACAAGUGGUGUAGUUACUGUUUCAAGUGCAGGGGUACCCAUCGAUUUACCAGAUAUACCAGCCUCUGUGGUUGUGGCUUCAUCGGCCGUACCGUCAGUUAUGGCAGCUGCCCAGGCUGCGGCAGCAGCUUUACAAACAUCCAAACAGACGCCACAAAAACAAACACCUCCCACGCCCAGUCUUAGUGGAAAUAUACCCAAACCGACUCCGAUUAUUCCCAUAUCAACGGCAGCGGUGUCUAGCCCCAUGCAAAGUCUCAUUACGCCCGUCCAAAGUAGUGGUGGUCCCACAGCAUUUGUUGCCACAACAAAAUCAUUUGAAAACUCCACCACCAUUAGACCCGUUGUACAACCACAGAUUAUUAAACCCAAUACAAAUACAAGUGGUGGUAUACCUUUGUCAACGCCAACCAAAACUUCCGGAGGUUUCCAUCCAAUUACAGCAACAUGUCCCCCAGCAUCCACAUCGGGUUUCUAUUUGGAUCCUCGUACCGAAUUAAGACCAGAUGAUGGUCUCAAGCCUUUAAUUGAUAUACCCAAGCCGCUAAGUAGUUCUGCCACAAUCAGGGGUGAAAAUAUCAUCACCACAACAAGUAGCAGCAGCAGCAACUUGCCACCCAUGGAAGUUGCAUCAAAUUUGACAGAUACCCACAGUGAUUCCAUUAAUCAAUUACGCUGUGAAGAAACAAUACCCGGUAGUCCAGCUUCUGUUAUUGCAGGACGUGAAGAUUCUCAAGAAAGGACGGCCACAUCUCUGCUACCCGAUCCUGUGAUGGUUAGCAGCGGUGGUGACAAAGACUUUUCCGUGCUAAGUAGCAGCAGCAAUAAAACAACGACGACGACAACAACAACAGCCGAAGCAAAUAUGGCACAAACGACGUCGGUUUCUGUCACAGGUGUCGGCAACGUCAAUAGUUCUCCCAAUGAUUCCGGCAGUCAAGAAGACGAAUCAAGUGAAGAUAUUAAAAAGGAUGUUGAUCUCGAUGGUGGUGUUUCACCACAAAAGAGAAGACGUACUCGUAAGCAAGGCGAUGUCUCUAUGUCUGUAGACCAACAACAACAACAGCAGCAGCAACAACACCAUCAACAACAAUCAAAGCGACGUCGUGCUAUGACAAUAAAUAAAAAUAAAACAGCUGGUUCUGAUAGCGAUGACAAUUCAGAUAAUAUAUCUCAGCGCAGCGCACAUACAUCUAGACAUAAUUUACAACAACAGUCUCAGACACAACAAGGUUCAUCAUCAUCGGGUUCAAAACCAUGUCCAUAUAAUUUCCUGGUACAAUUAGAUCCCUCUCUAAGCUCCGAUCAGUGUAUAGCAAUACUAUUAAAACAAAUACAAGAUCUACGCAAAACCUAUAAUAUUAUAAAAAGCGAUUUAGCCAGUAUUGAUAGAAGACGCAAGAAGCUACGUCGGCGAGAACGUGAAAAGAAACAGCUAAUGCAAAGUCAACAACAGAUGAAAGUGGGCACAUGA